GCCAUAUGAAACAAGCGACCGACGACCGUAGACUUUUCCCGCCUUUUAUUGAAUCAUGUGUUUGUUUAUGUUGUGUCGUCGCACCACUUUUAAGUUUUUCAAGUUUCUUUAAAUUCUCUCCAAAAAUGCUUUAUUCCAAGAUCGUGGAAGAAGUAGGCUGAACUGAUACUAAAACCCUCAAGUUAAAGCAUAUUUAUUUCUAUUUUAUUGAUAGCAUUCCCAUACAUUAUUAUGGACUCGAAAGCUUGGCCAGAAUUGUGCAGAACUCUUCGGCUGCAGCUGAAACCGCACGGAUAUUGUGGUCAUCUCAUGAAAUAUUUUGAACCGAAAAAGCAACAUCUGCGAGAGAUGGUUGAAAGAACUGCUAUUAUGGGUGAAAGCAACUCUGUUCUUAUCAUCGGUCCGAGAGGAAGUGGUAAAUCUGCCCUACUAGAGUGUGUGAUUGAAGACAUCUUCAGCCAAAAAUCUAUAAAGGAUAACAUGUUUCAAGUGAUGUUAGAUGGCUUGAUCCAUGUGAAUGAUAAUUUAGCUUUGGAGGACAUAACUAGGCAAUUGAAAAUGACUGAAGAUAAAGCAUUGGGCAGUUUUUCGGAAAAGCUACGCCUUCUCUUGUCUGCUUUGAAAAGUGGUAACAAAGAAAGCAAAUCAAUUCUGUUUGUGUUAGAUAACUUUGACCUUUUCUGUGGCCAUAAAAACCAAACCCUGUUGUACAAUCUCUUUGAUGUUGCACAAUCUCGGCAAUCACCAAUAUGCGUUGUUGGCAUGUCUUGUAGACCAGAUGUUCUUCAAGUGCUUGAAAACAGAGUAAAUUCUAGAUUUUCCCAUCAAAAAAUUCUUUUGUAUGAUGAAAUGACAUUAGAUGAAUAUAUUGAAGCAGCUAGAAAUAUACUAAGUCUUAAAGACUUUACAAAUGUUAAAUUUCAAAAAAAGUGGAACUCUGAAGUUGGUCUUGUUUUGAAAAAUACAUCUGUGCAACACAUCCUUGAAUGUCGGUUUAAUUACAGCAAUACAAUUAGGGAUUUGAAAGAACUUUUGUUCUUAGCUGUUCUUAAUUUUCAAAAUUCUAAAAAACUUUCAGUAGAGGAUUUUGAAAUGGCUCACAAACACUGUAUGGUCGACAGCAAAGCCGUUCUUAUUCAGGGUUUGUCCAUUCUGGAACUAUCUUUAGUUAUUGCAAUGGUACAUUUAACAGAGAUUUAUGAUGGUGAGCCAUUCAAUUUUGAAAUGGUAUUCAAUGAAACGAUAAAAUUCUUCAAGAAAAAGAUGAUGUGGAACCUGGAAAAAGCCGUUGUCAUGAAAGCAUUUGAGCGCUUAUUGGAUUUGGAAAUUGUAAAAGCUUGCACAGAAUCUUCUGCAAAUAUUUUGAAGCGUUAUAUGCUGGUGAGACUCUUAGUUGAUGGGAAUCAAGUGAGAGAUGCUGUAGCAAAUUAUCAAAGUUUGCCUGUGCCAAUUAAAUACUGGAUUGAGUCUUCAAUUGUGUGCUAAUGUAUGUACAUUUAAAUGAA